AUGGCAGAAGAAAACCGUUCUACCUAUCCCAACCCCUCGCAGCAACCCGCCUCGCCCUCCCCACCUCCUCCAGCGCCGGUCCCUCUCACCCCAGGCCCGCGCGCGUCGCGUCUCCAGCAGGUUUUCGGCCAGGCGCUCGCACGAACACUACGAGCCAACUCCUACGCGAACUUCUCCGGCUGCUUUCCGACGCCGGCGAAACAUGUCCCUGCGAGUCUGGAGUCGGUAUGGCGGCAAUUAAACGCGAAGCUCGAGGAAAGCGCAAAGGCGGAAUUCGACGAUAUCAUGCACGAACGGAACGCGGUGGGGCAUCUGAAUGAGCUCGACCGGCUGGUCGGCGAGGCGAGGCAUCGGAGGGAUAAUGGGCAGGGUGAAAGCCGGGUCGCACCGCAUACUUUGACGCCUGACGAACUAUACCGCGCGCAUCUGACGCCUUAUUUGCAAGAAACACGGUCGAAUUUGAACGCGAAGAUCCACGACACGGAAGCCGAGAAUGCGGAGCUGGCCCAGCACAUCCAGAGGCAGAGAGCGGAGAUUGAAGCGCUACUGUCAGGUCUCGAGUCUGUGGUCACCGACUUGGAAGGUGCUGCGGUUGCCGCUUCACAAUUCAGCGGCGAGAACGACCUUCGCCAAGAGGCUUUCAAGAUGGAUGAAGAAGUCAAGGCUAGGUCCGAAAUCUGA